AUCACGCUGCCUACUGACAGCUCCCGACUCCAUGUUUCUGUUCCUCGAGUGCAGGGAGGAGGGUACAGGAUGCUGAUGGUGGUGGCGGUGUUGGUGGUGGGCGCGGCGCGCGCCGCCCCCUGGCGCUGCCCGGAACUCAGCCGGCCGCCCUCGGCGAGCUGCUCGUGCGACCUGCCGCACACGGUCCGCUGCUCGGGCGACCGUCGGGCGCUGGACGUCAUCGGCGCGUCGCUGCGGGGGCUGCCCGGCAUCUCGCUGCUGGACAUCACCAUCCAGGACAACGUGACCUCGCUGGACCGGCCCGUGCUGCCAGGGGUCGCGCUGCACGGGCUGGUGGUCUCCUCGGGCGAGAUCCGGCACGUCUCGGAGGCGGCCUUCUCGCGCCUGAGGGCGCCCCUGCAGGCGCUGGGGCUGCCCAACAACCGGCUGGAGGCGGUGCCGACCCGCGCCGUGGCGCAGCUGCGCGCGCUCGACCGCCUCGACCUGUCGCACAACGGCCUGCGGUCCCUGGGCGCCGGCUCCUUCGCCGAGCUGGAGAAGCUGACGUUCCUGGACGUGAGCGACAACUCGCUGGAGCGGCUGGAGCCGGGCUGCUUCUCGCCGCUGGCGGCGCUGCGCACGCUGCGACUGCGCGGCAACCAGCUGGGGCUGGCGCCCGUGGGCGUGGCGCUGCUGGGGCUGCCGGCGCCCUUGCAGGAGCUGGACCUGGGGGACAACUCGCUGCUGGGCCCGCUGGGGCCCGCCACGCUGCCGCCGCUGCCCGCGCUGCUGUCCCUGCAGCUGGCGCGCAACCAGCUCAGCAGCGUGCAGCGCGCGGCCCUGCGCGGCACGCGCCGCCUGCAGAGCCUGGGCCUGCGCUUCAACCAGAUAGACGUGCUGGAAGACGACGCGUUCAGCGAACUAGCCUCGCUGGAGCGCCUGGACCUCUCGCACAACCGCAUCGUGGCGGUGUCCGGGGCCUCCCUGGCACACCUCGCGAGGCUCGAGUCCCUCGACCUGUCGCACAACUUCCUGCGGGCGCUGGCUGCCGACCUGGUGCGGCCGCUGCACCAGCUGCGCAGGCUGCACCUCGACGACAACGACGUGACCAUGGUGCCCGCCGCCACCGUCGCCCUGCUCUCCCCGCUGAGGCGGCUCACCCUCGCAGACAACCCGCUGAACUGCGACUGCAGCCUGGCGAGGUUCGCCGAGUGGCUGGCCAACGACAGUGCACUGGCGCCCGCGGACCGUGCCACCGCCGUGUGCGCCACACCACCCUCGCUGGAGAACGGCGUGCUGCGCGACGUGCCUAGGCACGACCUUGUGUGUGGAGACGACGAGCUGGCUCCUCCCCAAGGCCCGCUGGCGCCCGCCUUCCCCGUCGCCUCGCAGGUGGCGCUGCGAGCCUUCCAGUACGACGGCGCCACCAUCUCGACGGUGUGGGCCGUCUCGCCGGCAGCCAUGCCCUACACCUGCGACAACCUGUUCGUGUACGAGGAGGUGGACAGCCACGAGGUGCUGGCCGAGUCCAGCCCGCUGCAGUGCAACUCCUCGACACUGGCCGACCCCCACCUGCUGCCCGUGUCGCUGCCGGCGGGGGGCUUCCUGCCGGGGCGCCAGUACCGCUACUGCCUGGUGCUGCUGGUGGGCGGCGACUCCUCCGACGAGGUGUCGCUGGGCCUGGGCUGCAGCGACAUGCUGCUGCUCGCCGCGCCGCCGGGUCCGCGCAUCGCGGCGCUGCACGCCAACGUCACCGGCCCGGGCAGCGUGCAGCUGCGGGUGCAGCUGCGGGGCGGGGCGGCCUCGCCGGGCUGCGCGCUCACGGCCACUGUGGAGGCGGGCUCGCGGGAGGUGGCGCGCGCCAGCCUCAACUGCUCGGCGCCCGGCGCCCUGCUGCGCGGGCUGCCCCCGGCGCCGUACCGCGUGUGCGCGUGGCUGGAGGGCCUGCCGGGCCGCUCGUGCGCCGUGGCGGUCCCUGCUGCGGCCCCGCCGGCCCGCGGCCCGGGCCCGGGCGUGCUGCUGCCGGCGUGCCUCGCAGCUGGUGUGGCGCUGCUGCUGGCGCUGCUGGCGUGGCUGGGCGCGCGCCGCCUGCGGGCCCGCCCCGUGCUCGCGCACACGCACCAGUGCUUCCUCGCCGGCCCGCCCGGCCAGCAGCAGCACUCGCGCUACGUCAAGCUGCACGCCACCACGGUGCUGUAGCACCCCCGUCUCUACCAGAGACUUCAUCGUCAACAGGCCAUUUUUAUUAUCACUGAUGAUGUGUACUUACAUGCUCUCUCUUCCUUCUCAAAACAAUAUUUUAGUUACAUAUACGAAAUAUGUUUACAACCUAACAACUGGUAAUUUUGAGGCUGUAUUUUAAUGCACCAGACUUGAACACUAAGUGAACCUGCAGAAUUUUUGUAUAUCAAUGUUGUAAAUAAUUUGUAAGAAUUGCAGGCUUUGUAAAUAAUUAAUUUUUGUGACUUUGUAAUAUUUGUAUUAUAAAUGUAAAUGACAAUUAUUAAAAGUUAUUUAAAAAGUUUUUUAACAUUUUAAGUGAUAUUUGUAAUAUUAUAAACAUCAUAAUAUUGUUCAUCAUCAGAGGUGUAAUAUUAAUCAAGUUUGAAAUUUGUGUAGCUACUUCCACUGCCAAAAUAUGUUGAAACAUUUUAUAUUACCAUCAAACAAAAUAAUUGUGUAUGUUGACUAUAUGUUUGCUCUUAUCAGAGGAUGAGAAGGGACAAACAAUGGAUGAUACAGGCUUAAAAUGUAGAAUAUAUAUUGACAAUCUCUGUGAUAUUUGUGUCAAUUGUUUGAAUAACAUAAAAUUUAAGUCAGUUUAAAUAUCUUGUUUUUCAUCUAAGAUGUAAAUAUAACUACAUA